GACCCAGAAGUAGCACAUAUUGGAGCUAGCUAGAGAAAGGAGAACAUCCUUUGGACUUAGACUGCUGUUUGAGAAGGAGUGCUGCACAGCCAGAGAGCCCCUCCACUAGCUGGGCCCAAAAUGGCUCUUGAGGACCUGCAGCUGCAGCCGCUGGUGUGGGUUGAUGAAGCAACACAGUACCCUGAACUAGUUUUGUGUGUUGGAAAAAUAACCUUUGGUGAGAAAGCAAGAAAAAAGAUGCCAAAAAAUUCGAAACAAGAUCAAAAACACACCCUUGCCUCUGCAGUGUGUGCCUUGCUAAACUGUGGAGGAGGUGUGGUAAAAGCAGAGAUAGAAAAUGAAAACUACGACUUACAGAGAGAUGAUAUUGGGCUGGAUUUACAAGACAUUUUUCGUUCUCUUCUUUUAUUUCCGGAUUUGACAAAAUACCUGGACUUUAAACAGCAGGAUAACAACCUUUUGAUUUUUAUUAAAACAUGGAACAGCGAAAAGAUAUCCUCAAUCUCUAGCUCUGCAAAGCCACGUAUCUGUAGCCUCAGUACUGGGUUGUACACAAGAAGUGGUGCUUCUCUUUCCCACAUGACCCCUACUGAAGCUUUGCUUUUCCUUGAAGAAAAGCAAAAUAAAGCUAGGGCAGAAUAUAGCACAGGAGCACCUGCUAAAAAAAGGAAGACAAUGGCUGCUGAUGAAGACAUGCAUAUUGUAAAUAACACUGUUGAUGAAUUGUUUAAUAGGGACCAACUGCAGUGUGGAGAGACAUUGAAUUUCACAGAGUCAGGGAACAUAGAAUUUAAGCAUUUUUCCACUGAAAAGUUUUUCACUCGUGUUAAAGAGAUAUUGCCUCAGUACAUCUCUGGAUUUGCAAAUGCACAUGGCGGGUAUUUGUGGAUUGGUGUGGAUGAUAACAGGGUCGUACAGGGAUUCAAAAGUGAUGAUGAGGGCCUCAAAAAUUUAAGAAACCUAAUUGAUUAUGUUUAUCAGGAAAAAUUAACCAUCUUCCAUUUCUGCAAAAGUGGAUGUGAACACCAGAUAAGGUGUGAAUACAAAAUGUUCGGAGUGUAUAAUGAGGCUGUAGAGCACUAUGGCUAUGUCUGUGCUGUGAAGGUUGAACCAUUCACUUGUGUAGUGUUUGCAGAAGAUCCGCAGUCAUGGCUGUUCGACGGAGGCACUAUCAGGAGACUGAAAGGAAAUGAAUGGGCUGCGUGGAUGACCUCUGCUGAUCCAGAUCUGUCACAACUUUCUGAGAACUUUAAGCUGGAGCUCAGUGUGACAGGGGGGCCGCCCUGUGCCAAGUCAGUUUACUCACACCGGGGCCUUAACAGCCUGGAUGAUCUCUGUGAGCAACUGUUUCCAGUGAAAUCCCACAGCCUAAUAUAUACUCCAGAAAAACUCAGUAAAGAUCUCUUCCAAGAGCACCCGGGGCUGAAGAGUUUAAUGGAUGAACAGUUGAAGGAUGUUUCUGAAGGAGUUGUGAUAUUUUCCAGAAGCUGGGCUGUUGAGGUUGGCCUGUCAGAAAACCAAGACAUAAUCUGUGACGCUCUCCUCGUAGCCAACGGCAGGCCACCUAUCCUCUAUACAGUAGGUAAACAUCUCUCUGAGGGUUUAUUUCACUACUCACGACGCACAGCCUGGAGGCUGAAGGAGAAAUUAGUCAACACUGGAGGUUAUACUCACAAAUUGUGUGUAAUACCAAAGCUACUGACUUUGCCUCUCAGCUCUAACUAUGGAGAAGAAUGGGAUCUGAAUGUUCAAAAACUGUAUCCUCAAAACUACGCCUCAAUCGACAGCGUCAGCUUGAAAAACCUCUUGCAUUCUCUCAUCAUAGUUUUGCUGAAUUUCAAAUCUUUCUUGAGUGACUCUGUUGGCUUUGAGAUUUUGAACCUCUUGACCAUUGAACAAUUCCAGCUACUGUCAGAAAAUCUCCACAAAACUAAGAAGCUGUAUGUUUAUGGUCUACCAGGAACAGGAAAAACUAUUGUGGCCCUCAAACUCAUAGAGAAAAUAAGAAAUAUGUUUAAAUGCAAACAACAGGAGGUUCUUUACAUUUGUGAGAACAAACCUCUGAAAGAUUUUGUGAGAAAGAAGAACAUCUGCCAAGCUGUGACAAGAGUAACCUUUUUGAAGAACGAUUAUAGUUACGUGAAGCACAUAAUAAUUGAUGAAGCACAGAAUUUCCGAGAUGAGGAUGGUGAUUGGUAUGGAAAGGCAUUGGCUUUGACUUCACCAGAGCACUCUGAGCCUGGCUUUCUGUGGAUUUUCUUGGACUACUUGCAGACAACUCACUGCUUCUCCACUGGUCUUCCACCACCAAAACAGCAUGAUCCUGUGGAGAUGCUGAACAAGGUGGUUCGUAAUGCUAGCAGUAUCUAUUGCAGUCUAAAGAACAUAAUGGAAAAGAUUGUAGAGAAUCCUGCAAUCGGUAUUCUGGAAGCACGUUUACAGAGGUUGGUACGUACAGCCACAUGUGCUCAUGGUGUCCAAGGCAACUUUGAAAUAGUACCUAAGAAAAACUGCUAUGAAAUAGCAGAGUAUGUGGCAAAGCAUUGUCAUCAUUAUCUUAGAAGUGGUUACUCUGAGAAAGAUAUAGCUAUUCUGUGCUACAACACUAACGUAGUAAUGAUGUACAGUGAAAUACUGGGAGAAGCAUUGAGGGAAUCAAAAAUAUUACCAAAACAAAUGGGUGAAGGGCCUGAGGAGUGCACCGUUCUAGACAGCUUCCGUCGUUUCUCUGGCUUAGAAAGAAAGAUUGUGUUUGCUAUUAUUCCUUGUCCCCUUCCCAACCAUCAUGAGGUUUUAAAUAAUAUAUUAGUAUCUGUAGCAUCCAGAGCUAAUUUAAAUAUGCACUUGUUAUGUGAGCUUGGUUACACAGAAAAAGCUCACUAUAGUACUGCUCUGAUAAAAAAUCUACUGCGUAGCUCAGGAAUUCAAAAUUGUAACCUUAUUUGUUCGGUACCUAAGGAAGUACUUUCUUAGCUACCUAAUGGAGUAGAAAAUGAAGCCUUCUGUCCAUGUUUUAACUAUUAUACACAGAAAUAGCAUUUAUGAGAGAGCUUCCCACUCAACUUCAGCAAAUCACUAUGAGUUAGAACCACCUAGUUGUAUCAGCUUUGCAUUACUGACCUUAGGUAUCAGUAGCACUUCUUGGUUUCAGACAUGCCAGUUAGGCAAAACUCUUAAAUGCAAAAUCCUUUCAAAGAGCAGAUCCAAAAUUCCUAAAACUGGAUAUCCAAAAUUGAAGGCUGGUUGAAAACAAACCACGGACCUCCAUGUUGUUAUGUUGUUUUCCACUAUAGAAUGGCCUGUGGCUCAGCUGGUUUGGAAGAAGAAUCUAAUACUCUCCCUUUAUGCUUACAAGACACCAAUGAUUAUACUGGAUAUAGUUAAAAUAAGACAUAGUACCCCUCUGGAUCAGCCUUGGAGUAAACUUGCCUCAGACUGUCAAAUCUGUUAGCGCAAACGUUCUUGCUUCUCUUGCUUCUGGAAGCUGGAGGCAUCUUCCUUCUUUCCUGAGUCAUUAACUAGUAGUCAUUAACUAGGGAAGACUAUCUGCACGAUUCCCUUCUUGUUUCCUCCACACAUCAAUCAUUUAAUCAUGCCCUGCUGAUCACAGAAAUGUCACUAACACUCACUACGAUUGGAAAUAUUUUAAUGCGCUUUCAGAUCACUGCAGAAUAUCAUAUUUCCUGUGCACUUAGAUUUCUGUUCUGCUGCAGACUAAAGCAAGUCUUUUAUUUGUGUUAUGCAUAGCAUGCAUAGAGAAUCUAUUGAUAGGAAUGCAGAUAUUUAUACAAUAAAAUUGCAGCGUGGUGGC